UAUAGCUAGUAUAUAUUCCUCUUGGCUCUUAUCCUCUGGCUAUUAAUAAACUGUGGACUAACAGAUGGAACUCCCAGCACCAGAAAGAAAGAAGAAAUCUUAUCUUGUUUUGUUUGAUUCCACUCAAUCCUCUAAAUUCAGCAGCAGCCAUAACUCAGAAACAAAGAGACAGAAAAAGAGAAGAAGGUAGAACAACACUGGGCGCCAGAUAGCCGCCGCCCGAGGUAGGGAGAGAACGGGAAGAGAUGGGAAUGGCGGCAUUGAAUGUGGCGUCAUCACCGCCGUCGCCACUCUGCAGCUUCUCUUCCAUACACAGUCUGAACAACCAUGAUUAUUAUAAUAUUAACCAUGCAAAUUGCUUACAUUCUGCAAGUGAAUGGGUCUCCACUAAGGUUAACAAGAAUAAUUGUAAAUUCCUUCCGUUCCCUUGUUCUUAUCAUUCCUCUGUUCCAUCGACGAAACCCAAAUCCGCAGUCUCUCGGAUGCCAAGUAAUCUCUCAAAAUCAGGUGAAUUUCUUGCCCAUUAGCUUCUUAAUUCUUACUCUCUGGUAUUUUGCUCCAAUAAACAAUUUUCACGGGUUUUUUUUAGAUUACCCUGUCAUAAAUUCUCUUUCAAGAACUUAAUUAGGGUGUUGUUGUACUUGGGUCUUGUUUCAAUCGGUGGUGUCUAGAAGCGAUUAGGGUUGUUUCUAAUCCCAUAUGAUUGUAGAAAAUUAACCUCAGUUCUGAAAGGUGAUUGCUUUAGUCAGAAAUGGGAUUCAGCUUCAGAACACAAUGUUAACAACGGCUGAAUUGGGGUAAACCUAGUUGAAGUUGAUGAAAUGCUGAAUAUGGUUCUUAGACUAGGACAUCCGUGUGCUUGGCUGACACCUUUGGAUGGUUUUACAUCACCAGGCGUUCUUUCUGAUGCGAUAUGCAGGUGGCCAUGGAUGUUCGUGGAUUCAGGGCAACUCCAUUCACGUGCAUCAGAAUCCCAUUUCCAGCAAAAACUGGAGAAGGGGUUCAGUGGAUUCAGCUUUCCCAUCUGCGCCUGCAGAAGUUGCUUCUGUGCAGAACUUUUUCGAGUACAUAUGCGCAGGUCCACUUAUUGGCAAGAUGGGUUUGACUUCAGAUACAAUUGCUGAGUCCAUUGACAAGUGGAUUCUCUAUGGAUCCCUCUUGAGCCGGUUGUUUCAGCUCAAUGACAUGCACCUCACUGAUCCUCAGAAAAAAAGGUUUUACCACUACUAUAUCCCGGUUUUUUUAUGGUGUGAGAAUCAGAUUUCCAAGCACGCUUCCCAGUUCAAAGAUGGAGAAGACAUACCUCCCCUAGUGAUUGGUUUUAGUGCACCUCAAGGUUGUGGAAAGACUACUCUUGUUUCUGCUCUUGCUCAUCUCUUUGAUGUCACUGGAAGGAAGUCCGCGACAAUAUCAAUAGAUGAUUUCUAUUUGACGGCAGAGGAUCAGGGUAAGCUGAGAGAAGCAAAUCCGGGAAAUUCACUUCUAGAGUUACGUGGAAAUGCUGGGAGCCAUGAUCUUCCAUUCUCAGUUGAAACACUGACUUCUCUUUGCAAAAUGACUAAAGAAGGUAUGAAGAUGAAGUUACCCCGCUAUGAUAAAUCUGCAUAUAGUGGUAAAGGCGAUAGAGCUGAUCCUUCUGCCUGGCCAGUUGUUGAAGGACCAUUAACGGUGGUUCUGUUUGAAGGUUGGAUGCUUGGGUUCACACCCCAACCUGUAGAAGCUGUUCGAGCUGUUGAUCCACAGUUGGAGAUAGUGAACAAGAAUCUCGAAGCAUACUGUGAUGCAUGGGACAAGUUUGUGGAUGCUUGGGCAGUCAUAAAGAUCCAGGACCCAAGUUGUGUUUACCAAUGGCGACUGCAGGCAGAGAUUGCUAUGAGGGAAGCAGGAAAACCUGGAAUGACUGACGAAGAGAUUGAGGACUUCGUUUCCAGGUACCUGCCGGCAUACAAAGCUUAUCUACCUGUACUUUACACUGAAGGACCAAAGGGGUCGACUCCUGAGAAUCUCCUGGUUAUUGAAAUUGAUGAAGGCAGGAAUCCCAUUCUGGAGAACUAGCUAGUUAAUAUUAUCAUUUAUCAGGAAGGAAAAAUGCUGCGAACUUGAGUCAAUUUUAUGAAGAUUUCCUUUUUCGUUUUCAUUUGAAAACUCAGGUUUUUGCUAUUCGUUGUUAAACAAUCUAGAAACCUACGAGAUAUGAGUCCAACAAGGAUGGCGAGAGAUCAUUACCCACUAUGGAACCCAUGGUGCUACCCUUUUAGCACCACCAAAUCAUCUCCAACCCAUGGUGUAAAAGGGGGAUAAAGGGCUAAAACAAAAAAUUGGAGCCUAAAAUAGGUCUAGUUCAUGGAGGCUAAAAUUUGGGAGGAGCUAAAAUCGGAACCACUUUAGAAAAGCUGGCAGUCAGUAAUCGUCUGCGCGGCAGGCGCGUGCCGCAUUUUGGCGCACUCCCCGUCCGCGUGGCUGGCUGUCUUUUUGACCGUUGGCUGCUUUUUUUUCUUUUUAUUUGCUUUAUGGUUCUUUUUAAACAAAUCGAUACACAUUUGCGGUGCAA